GUCACACUGUAACCGGGACCACAUUCCACAUAUAGUCGCACUCGGAAUCUGAGAAUGAGUGUGGACUGUUAUCAUUGAUGUGGAGCUUCGGAGUAAGGGUCUUUACCUCAUGAUUCCCUAGUUGUAUACCUCCAACGCCAUCUUCACUUGCAACAAAUCGCGAAACACAAAGUCACCAGCUCAGGCCGCAAUCAUGUCAUCCCCAAAGGUUAUCAUCGUAACAGGCGCGAACCGCGGCAUCGGCUGCGCGAUUUGCACGAGCCUUCUUUCACACCCUUCCCAAAUCUCUCACCCCAUAACCCUCUUUGCAACCUCCCGCCAAGGCAGCAACCUCAAUCUAACCACCUCUUCCUCCAACCAGAGAAAUCUCUAUCCAUCUCUCGAUAUCACAUCCUCAUCGAGUAUCUCAACUUUCGUUUUGAAGUUGAAAUCCUCAUACGGAAACGUCGAAGUGCUGAUCAAUAACGCCGGCGUAAAUCUUGACAGCGACUUCCCCCCCUCCAACGCCAGAAAACCACUCGACACAAACUACCGCGGUACCCUAGACGUCUGCACCGCCAUCCUACCCCUACUGACGCCGAAGACUGGCCGCAUAGUCAACCUCUCCUCCGCGGGCUCAAGCCUGGAUCCAUUCAAUCCCCCCUCGCCCAGCGCUUCAGAACCGUGCCCACGCUUAAAGACCUCAACAUCUUGGUAAGGGAAUAUCUAGAUGCCGUAGCCGCUGGCGAAGAUGCAGGGCAGGGUUUCCCAUGGCGCCGCUUGUACGGCGUCUCUAAGGCGGCAGUGAAUGCGCUCACUGCGAUUUUAGCGCGCGAGAAUGCGGGCCGUGCGACGAUCAAUUGCUGUUAUCCUGGGUGGGUGGAUACGGAGAUGGGAAACCUGGUUGGAAAGCCUUCGAAGACCCCGGAGGAGGGCGCCAGGAUCCCGGUCAGGCUUGCAAUUGGGGAUGUUGGGGGUGUGAGUGGGAGGUUCUGGGGGAAUGACAAUGUGAGUGGGAAGGGCGAUGGAAAAGUGCAGGAGUGGUAGGAUACGGAAGCGCGCGGACGCGAAGCUGGUAUAUAUGUAGGCACCUCCCUUUCUACUCGA